CCCCGCCUUCCUCUUCGCCUCCCUUCUCGUUUCUUCCCCUUUCUUCCACCUUUCUCUUACUCUCCUCUUUCACCUAUUACUUUUCCUACACCUACCUAGCGCUAGCCGUACGGUGACUGCCCCGCACACGCAUCAUGUCGUCCAUUUCCACCUACGACGAUCCCCCUUCCCGCUCUCUCCAUGAGAGCAGUGACCUCAGCAGCCUGCGAGAGAGAGAGGAUGUUCCUAUCUGGGAGCCGCGGAACCUCUGCUCAGCGCUUGAGUCUGCUUCCAAGCGUGCGUCCCUCUAUGAACGACAGAUCAAGGACCUCGAGAGCAAGCUCUCCCUCGACCUCAGUAACUCCCGUGCAAUCGAGAACCUGCUGCAAGAAGUCUUCACCGGUCUCGAGCACACGCGCGGUCGAGCAGAUUUCUCGUUGACUCACACAGUGCCCCACAUCGCCGAUUCGCUCGAAGAAGAUCUCGCCGUUCUUGUUGAGCUUGAGGAACAGCUUCCGGAAGUAGGACACCAGAUCCGCGACAUACGCAAAGUCUACGAUCGGGGAAGAGACAAGGCACAACAACUCAUGGCAUCCCUUGAAUGGCUCAACACCCCUGUGUCCCAGCGACUCCGUACCAUCAUAUUUACAGAGCAGGCCCCUGUCAGCAAGCGGUGGAAGGUCCUUGUCCGCACUAUCUUCGCUCUGGUCUUCUGUGCAUGCAUGUGGAUCGCAUACAUCACCCUUCGUGGCGCCGUCCGUGCUCAUCGACAACGGCUCGUGUGGGGCGAGCGCCUCCCGAGUUGACCUUGCUCCGUCUGGUUUCCACUAUCAGGUUCCUCUGCGCUCACCUCUCAUCUCAUGGCUCCACCUUCUUCUUCUUUGAAACCAUAGAACCCCAGCCGUUCCACUCUUAUCACCUCAUCGCCCGCAAGCCACCCGACUUGUUCACGUUCCUUUCACUCGUUAUCCCGCUCUCCGUCAUGUGUCUCUUGUGCUGCACGUAACAUACAUGCACGUCAUCUUAGCAUCUCUUCUCUUUUUUGUUCUUUCUCACCUAUCUGCCCUUCUUACCCUGCCCCUCUUCGCAUAUCCUCUCUGCUGCUGUUCC